AUGCAAAGCUGGGUUUAUAUUCACGCUUUCGGCUCCUUUGACCUCGGCUGUGCGCCCCGCGGUAUGGCCGGUCCCGGUGUGGCUGCUUCCGGGCUCUGCGGCUCCGGGCGGCUUCGCGAGGCCGAGGCCCCGACGCUGGGCUCGGGAGGGGCUGCAUCGCCUGGACGCCUGGACGCCUGGACGCCUGGACGCCAGGCUCCACAGGCAGGCGCGCGCUUUGCCUCUCUCCCGGAAUCUCCCAGGACAUCUCCGGCCUGA